CCUUAUCCGAUGGUCCAUAUCUUACUCGAGGGUAGUUCCGUCAAAUCACACUGCACAUUUUCCCGGCCGCCGCCCUCCUCGUUGUCUUAGCGCUCGUCUCCGUCCAGCAGUAAAUUAACCCACGGCCGACCUCCUGCAAAUGGCGACGACAGCGGCGGCUGCUGGCUUCUUCUCCGGCCCUCUCCACCUCAAGAAAGCCAAAUCGCUCUUCUCGCUUAGACUUUCCACUUCCAUUCAGGCCCCUCCCGGAAUCUCCGGUCUCCGCUCGAUCUCUCCACUCUCUCUCUGCAUCCUCACGUCGAAGAACCCGGCCCGCCGAGGCGGAUCUUCCCGUUGCUCCGUGGCCCAGAAUGCUUUGUUGGAGGAGAAGAAGGAGGAGGAGGAGGAGAGAGAGCUUUCGACAGCCGCAGAGGGGAACACUGAGACGCGUCGGAAACUUUAUGUGACCAACUUUCCGUGGGACAUGUCCGCCCCCCAGAUCGAGGAGCUGUUCGGCCAGUGCGGCACUGUAAAGGGCGUCGAGAUAAUCAAGCAGAAGAAUGGAUCGACUAGGGGCUACGGUUUCGUCACGAUGGCCUCCGGAGAGGACGCACGAGCAGCUGUGGAAAAAUUGGAUUCAUAUGAAUUACAAGGGAGAAUAAUCAGGGUAGAGUUUGCAAAGCGUUUUAGGAAACCGCCACCACCUCCUCCACCGGGUUUUGUCCCUAGACAACCUGUUCACAAGAUCUAUGUAUCAAAUCUCGCUUGGAAAGCCAGAUCAUCCAACUUGAAAGAGCUAUUCUCUGAGAAAUUCAAUCCACUCUCGGCAAGAGUAGUUUUUGAAAACCCAACUGGGCGGUCUGCUGGAUAUGGUUUUGUUGGUUUUGCCACAAAAGAGGAAGCAGAAUCAGCUAUUUCUGAGCUGGAUGGAAAGGAAUUGAUGGGAAGACCAAUCCGUUUGAGAAUAAGUCAACGAGAUCCAGUGAAAGCUGAAAGUGAAGAUGAGGAAGGAAACUGAGCAGAUGAACAAUCGGUUUAUGUUUUAUUGAACAGAAAAGUAUGCGUGCAUUUCCCUGUCAUGCACAGCAGUAAUGGAGAAAACAAAUAGGUUUAAAACUAGGAAUAGAAUUAAAGUUUACAAUAACAACAAAAAAAAGUCCACCAUUAUUUUUUUAGGAUUGUGAUGUUUUUUUAUUCUGUUUUUCAUUGUUGGUAAGCCCAUAGAGUUU